GCUCUAGUGGAGAACCAGCGUUCCUAGUUUCUGUCUUAUCACAGGCCAACAGUAACAAGAAGGUGAAGUCCACUUGGGCUUUGGAGGAGUCCCUGUGAAUUAGAUCCUAGUUCAGAGAUGGAGAUGUCAGGCUCAUUUUCUACCAUCUCUGAGGAGCAGCUGUGGAGGCAAGAGGGAAGGAGCAACACCACAACAGACUUGGUUGAGCAGAGUCUCAUCUCAUCUGAGGAAUGGCUUCAACUGCAUGGGCUUAAGAGCAACAAAUUGACCUUGAAGCAGAUUUUGUCACAGAUUGGAUUCCCACAUUGUGAAGACUAUGUGACUUCUCUGGGGAGACUUGUGGCUUCCCGGUAUGCAGAUGGCCUGUUUCCACGGUUCUACAGAGCAGAAGAUGGCAAAGUAUACAACUUGACAGCCAAGUCAGAACUUAUCUAUCAGUUUGUGGAACAUUUAACACAAGCUGUGGAGAGCUACAAGCAGCGGAUGGACUGGCUCACUAGCAAAAGCCGACAGAUUUUUGGUGUCAUCUUGGAACAGUGCAUCACCAUAGUGCUGGAUUUUGGCGGCAUGCUGGAGGAGGAGCUUAAUCUGUGCCAAGAUGCUUUAAUAAUGGUCCUCCAGGAGCAGGUGGCUCACGUAGCCAAGUUCAAUAUCAUAUGGGUUUCUCACGAGCCUGUGAAAUGGCAGGAAAAUGCUGCUCCUGUGACAGAACAGUCCAUCGCUGCUGCUGUCCGUUGGGUUGAGGAACUGACUUUUGAGCUGGCUGUGAGCCAGGCUAGCCACCUGGAUGCUCUGCUGGAAGCUGGGAAAGACAAAACUAUUGAAUCCAUUUACUACUUUGUGGUGGGGGAUGUUUCUGAGGAAUCCAAGGAGCUUCUCCUUCAGAGGGCUUUGGAGAUCCCAUAUCCUGUCUGCACAGUGUCCUUCAAUGCGAGAGGAGAAGGCACUAUAGCUUUCUUAAAGGAUCUGAGCGCCAAGACCCACGGCAGAUUCCAUGCAUUUGCAGAGAGAACAGAGUGUGUGGAAUUUCCUGCAUUCCCCAUCAAGGAUGGUGACAGUGUAAUUACUUGGAAUUCAAGGAAACUGAAAGGAAAACUCCCUCCAGGAGCCGGGGUCAGAGAGGACGUGUUUCUCAUUUGGAAGGAGAUGGAGGAAGCCUGCAGCACACUGGCCCAGAUUCAGAGGCUGGUGUCCGAGCCUCCCAAGUCCGACGUGGCCACAGCAGACCGCGAGACAGAAUCAGGAGCAACCUCUGCUGAGAGCUACUCAAAUCCAGAGGACACUUGGGACUCUAAGAAGUGGCUACAGAAACAUGGCUUGAAAGCCCAGAGGCUGUCAUUUUAUGAUGUCCUUGCUGACUGCUCCUUCCGCCACGCUGAUGGAGUUGUUGAUAUAAAAGCCAAACCAGAGAACGAGUCCGUGCAGACCAGUGCGGAGACCAACAAGAAGACAGUCCAUGCAAAAUACUGCAGUAGAUUUGUCCAUGCUCCCUGGAAGGACGGGAGUUUGGUCCAUGUCUGCGUUACCAAGGAGAAGUACUCACGGUACAGUGAGAGAAUUCGUGCAGUCCUGGCCCGGAUCCAGAGGAGGAUUAAAUGGCUACAGCACGGGAGUCAAAUGCUCUUUGGAAAAGUGUGUAAUGAUUGCGUCUAUGUUCUCAUUGAUACAUCUCACUCAAUGAAGGGAAAACUGGACUUGGUGAAGGACAAGAUCAUCCAGUUUAUACAGGAACAGCUGAAAUAUAAAAGGAAAUUCAAUUUUGUGCAGUUUGAUGCUCAAGCAGUUGCAUGGCAGGAAAAACUUGUUGAAAUCGAUGAAGAUAAUUUGAAAGGGGCUCAGUCCUGGGUCAGAGACAUGAAGAUUGGAAGUUCCACGAACACCCUGAAUGCCCUGCAAAUUGCUUUUGCUGAUAAAGAAACACAAGUAAUCUACCUUUUGACAGAUGGGAGACCUGAUCAGCCACUUGAAAUGGUUAUAGACCAAGUCAAAGUUUUUCAGAAAAUUCCUAUUUACACCAUCUCCUUCAAUUACAAUGAUGAGAUUGCAAAUGGAUUUUUGAAAGAGCUUGCUGCUUUGACUGGAGGAGAGUUCCAUUCUUAUAAUUUUGGCUGCAAGGAUCCCUGUCUUCCAGAGGCUGUUCAGAAUGAAGAUCUGACUCUUUUGAUUAAGGAAAUGGAGCAGGGACGCAGUGACCUGGAGAAGGUGCAAAACCUUUAUUCGGAGUCCUUGAUCAUGGACUGGUGGUACAAUGGAGAAAAGGAAGGGGACAACAAGCAUCAAAAAGAAAUCUGUUCUAUGGUUUCAACCCCAGAAAAAUGUGCAGAACCUCACUCUGAUGUUGAAUCAACACGAACGUCAUCGCUAAAUAUGUCAAAAGUACCAGGGGACCCGUCAAAUCAAAAGACUCAGAAAAAGAAAGUCCUCCACGCAGAAGCAACCAAAACCAGCCUGCUCAGAAGCCAGAUGUCCUCCCUCAAGAGCUCAGCUUGCAGAGAGAGGAAGGACGGCCAUUCCCAGUCCAGCGGCUGGAACACCCCCAGUGCCAGAGAAAUGAGCAUCCUCCUGGCAAAUGAAUAUCCAGAUGACAAAGCAUUAGAAAGACUGACUCGAGAAGGGAGCCAGGUUUAUGACCAAGAUUCUUUAGGUAUAUCUUCAGCAAUCUGGCUCGAGACCCAUGGCUUGGUUGCCAAGAAACUCACCAUCAUGGAUGCCUUGUCAGUGGCAGCAGUCCCUCACAGCCCCACCUACGUUCCCAUUCUGGACAAGUAUGUUGUGUCCAAGGUCUUUGAUGAGGUAUUCCCUCUGGCACAUGUGUGCAAUGACACAAAUAAGAUGACGUUAAUUAACCCCCAGGGAGUCAAGCUCAAUAUCUACAAGCAAAAAGUCGAACAGGCAAUUAAGUCCUAUGAAAGGCGCUUGAAUAAAAUUGUUUGGCGAGCACUAUCUCAAGAGGAAAAAGAAAAGUUAGAUGCAAACAAACCAAUCCGGUACUUGGAAAACAAGGCAGCUUUGAACAAGGCAUUAGAACGGUUGAAUUGGCCCAUUUCAUUGAAAGAGUUGUCGAUGCUGGAAAAUGAAAUCCUAGCUGGGAAAAUGUAUGUCCAGCAGGCCAUGGAACUCCAGGAGGCUGCCAAGAAGGAGAAUUAUGUGAGCAGGGCACUAGGAGAGCAACAGAAAUUUCAAGGAAAUCCAACAAAGAAAAUCAAAUCAAAAAAACUGGAUCCCCUCAAAGGCCAGAAGGUUAUUGCAAGAUGUGAUGAAAACGGCUUUUAUUUUCCAGGGGUUGUGAAGAAGUGUGUGAGCCCCACCCUCGCACUGGUGGGCUUCAGGUAUGGAGACACCAAGGUGGUGCCCACCUCCUUCAUCACUCCUGUGGGGGGAGCCAUGCCCUGCCCGCUGCUCCAGGUUGGAGAUUAUGUAUUUGCCAAAAUUGUGAUACCCAACGGAUUUGACUUCUACGUCCCUGCCAUUGUCAUAGCCCUUCCGAAUCAGGAUGUGGGCGAAGACAAAUUCUACACAGUUUUGAAGUGUAACAACCGGAGAGAAUUUUGCCCUCGGAGUGCACUCAUCAAGAUCAGCCAGAACAAGUAUGCUCUCUCUUGCUCUCAUAUAAAGUCACCCCCAAUGCCGCAGGAUUCAAAAGUGGAGAAUGUGGACAAGAGGAACUCUGCUUUCCUAAUAUGGCCAUUCAAAGAAGUUGACACUGGAGAUUUACAAGAGCAGAGACAGGAGAACCCUAGAAGGAAGAAAAAGAAACCUGCCAGGAGGCUGCCUCUCCAGGAGAUGGUGUCCUUGGACUCGGAGGACUCUUCUCAUGGCAUCAGGUCCCAAGAGUCCUACCCCAAGAAACACCCCAAGCCCAAGUCUGUUGUAGGUACAUCUAAUUGAGCAUGGAACCAGAAUAAAAACUCUUAGGUUGAAAAC